GACGAGGCGGGGUGUGGGUACGGGUCAGGACGGCCAAGGCUGGGUCGGUUCUGCGCCGCGCUCCGGCCCUCAGCCCAGCCCCGCCACUUCUCCGGGCCUUGGUUUCCCCAUGUGCACGCUGAGCGGGUGGGGUCCAUGGGAGGGUGACCUGCAGGAACCUACAGCUGGGGGUGGCCAUCCGGGGCGUGGCCUUGCUAGGAGUGGUGGGCAGGGCCCGCGGGGACGCGGCCCUCAGGGGGCAGUGCAGCCAGCAAAUGAGGGAGUGGCCAGCAGGGGGCAGUGCGGUCGGCAGACGUGAGCGUGGCCAGCAGGCGGCAGCGCGGCCGGCAGACGGGCGUGGCCAGCAGUGGCGUUACGGCCGGAAGACGUGGGCGGGGCAGGAAGACGUGGGCGGGGCGGCCGGUUGGGGGCGCCAUCGCCGCAUGCUGCAUCCGCACCAGGUCCGUGCGCUCGGGCUGCUCCUUCCUGGGAGGUCCCACCCUGAACCUAAAGGAACCAGACGGCAGGCCUUGGGGGCGGGGUGAUGGUGCCAUCACCUCCCUGCGAUGGGGUUGCUGUGGGCAGCCAGACCCCUUGCCUCCAGAAGGAGCGAGGGUGGCUUGCGGGGAUAAAAAGCUAGCGUGUGUGAACUAAAGGUCUCUAUUGCCCUCACCACCACCCCCCGAGUUUUGCGCACACAGGGGUCCGGGGGCUAAACUCAACUCCUGCCCAGCGUCCUGAGAGCCUGUGGGCGGCAGCUCUCACAUGUGGUCUGCAGAGUGGACCCCAUUCCAGGGACAGACCCUGCAGUGGGGUUGCACAGAGCCGUCUGUUCCAGUGGCCCUAGGCGUGCAUACCCUUGGACUUAGGACACCUGGCCCUGGAGAGGCCUUGCCUGGCCAGGGAGGAAGCUUCUGCUGCUUCCCCCUAUGCUGCCCCACCCCCGUUCCUCCCCCAGGUGCUCCGACACCCACUCAAAACCAGCUUCCUACAUAGGAAUGGACUUUGCACCUUACCUUCAUUCAGGCCCAAGACCUUGGUUUUGCUCUGGGGAGGCAGGUGCCCGGCCCAGCUGUGGGUGGAGGCCCUGUGCCAGCUGGUGCCCCGCCCACCCUGCCUGGGCCUGGAUGAGCUGCCCUGGGCCUCCAUUCAGGCGAGGGGCCUUCCUGCUGUCUGAACCACACGUGCAUGCACUCAGCAUGAGGCCAGCACCUGGCCCUGCAUCUUGGAUGACCCUAUGCCGGGGCCCCUGGGGGCCUUAGUUUCCCCAGGUUCCCUGAGUGCCCCCAGACCAGCCCCAGACUUGAGAGCCGAUGAUGGCUGAGCCCCAGGGAUUGGGGGACAGGAGGGCACAGUGGCCUUGUCAAGGCAGCUCCCUCUCUCGAGGGAGGUCUGUUCAAGGCCUCCGCCCCCACCCCCUCCCCAUCAUUUCCUCAGAGCUGGGUUGGGGAUGGCCGGCUCUGCUAAGUGCUGUGAGCAGGAGGGUGGGGUGCAGAGGGCAGGACUGCUUCAUUCAUUUCCCCCUCGAUGUUUAUUGAACACCUAUUAAGUGCCCCUGGGAUUCCAGGUUCUGGGAUACAGUGGUGAACAGGACAGGCGAGUCCUCAGAUGAAAUGAACGUGAUGUGUAUUCCUAUAACGUCAGGCUGGAGGACAUCUGGGGAGGCAAGAGAUAGCAAGUGCAAAGGCCCUGAGGUUGGGGAAGCGAGAAGACCCGUGUGGCUGGAGUGGAGGAGAAGGGGUGCGCAGUGGGUCAGGCCAUGGAGCCCUGGGAGGCAUGAGCAGGGGCAGGGGAUGAGCUGGCUGCUGUGUCGAGAAUGUGGAGGCUAGGGCCACCUCAGGGAGACCAGAGAGGUGGCUACUGAAUCAGUCCAGGUGGGAGAGGACGGCAGGGGGACAAGGGAUGGGGUGGGGAGAGGGCAGGGGCAGGUUCUGGCUUGGUUUUGCUGAUGGCUGGGGUGUAAGUGUAAACUCAAGGCCGUGCCCAGACUCCGGGGCUGGCCCUGGGGGAGUCGAGGGCCUCGCUGAGAUCUGAGCUGCCAGGGUGCCGGCAGGAGUUGGGUCUCCGUCAGGAUGAGUGUGUGCUCAGCACACACUUGAAGGAACCCCAGAGUGGGUGGCUGGGCGGGGGAGUCUGAGCUGGAGGACAGUGGGGCUGUGUCCUCGAGUGGGUGGCUUCUUAGCCCUGGGAACUGCUUAAGAUGGAGGCUGGUGCCCAGCACUUCAUGUUAGAAGCCGGGGAUCGGGAAAAGGUACCAGGAGGACCAGAAGGGAGGGCGAUCCAGGGAGAUAUCCAGGCGUGUGGGUCAAGGAUGGGACCCUGCGCCCGUGACGGAUUCCGCCUGAACCAGGGCUGUCUCUCUCCAUGUGCGAUGAGGGCGGAGCCUGCUUUGGUAGAUGGACCAGGGUCAGGAGAAAGAGGACCUCUGUCCUCAGGGAGGAAAGAAAGAGGGUCAGCGGCUGCAGAGUAAGGAGGGGCACCAGGGGCGUGAGGAGGGUGCUGGGAAGGGAGCGACGACGCAGAGAGGAGCCCCGCUAGCUGCCCCGCACAACAGGGCUUUCAGCGCCCAGACUCGGAGUUCACCUCCCAGCCCAGCCACCUGCUACUGUGGGCCAUGGGCAACCUUCCUCACCUUGCCAGCGCCCCUCCCGCCCCCCCCCCCACCACACACAGAGGCCUCCUCUGGCCAGCCCCACCGCACGUUCCCUCCUGCCCUCUGCUCCAGCCCAGCUGCUGACCCAGAAGGCACUCUCACUUCCCUCUCCCUCCCAGUAGCCUCCAGAUUCACCCCCACCCCUGCCCUCACCUUCCUGAGCAUCCCACUAGCUUCCCUUCUUUCAUCCCAAGAUCUAAGGCGCUGUGUACACUUCCUUAGACAGGUGGGGAGACCGAGGCCCCGGAGAGGGUAAGACUCCCCCAUGGAGCUCCCAGUCUCCAUCCGAGGCCCGGGGAAGGGGGGCUCCGGGACCCCGAUGCCCCAUCUCCCUUGUCCAGCCUCUCUGCUGGCCCACGGCCUGCUCUACCUCUUGGCAAGGCCCAGGCAAGAUGUAAAGGCCACACUCCCGCCCCCCCGUUCUUCAAUCAAAACUGAGGCACGGUGUGAGGUCUCCCUGCCCACCUCCACCCCGGCCCCCUAAAGGCCCCUGAAGUCCCCAGCCGUGCCCCACCCCCUGCUGGGAAGCAGGUGGAAGGAGGAAGCGGCCUCGGCUGCCGUGGGCUGGGUAGUGGUAUAACUGGUUUGGGCCCAGUCUGGAGCUCAGGGCUGGGAGGCCUAGCUCCCAUGGAGGACCCAGACCUGGGUCCUGAGUCAUUUAGCAGGUGAGGGGGCAGCUCUGUGACUCAUGUCCCCCAGCCUGGCGCCUCACAGCCUGGGGAGGCCUCUAUCAUCCCCUCCCCCAAGUGGGCCGUUUGCCUCUGGGGUGGGCGGCACCAACCUGCUAAGCCCACCAGAGUUGGGUCCCGGGUCGAGGGUGCUCAGGGAUUUGAGAAGUGGGGGCCACCUGUCAGACACCGCUGAUGGUGAAGGCAGGCAGAGCCCAGGCCUGAUGGCUGGACUUAGUGUGUGUGUGGGGGGUCUUUGCAGGACCUCCUGCUCCUCUGAGCGCUGAGGUGCCGCACACAGGCCACAGGUACAGCUGGGCCCGCAGUCCAGCCCCCAAAGGCUGUGUGCCCCGGAGGUGGCCCACCAGGGUAGCCGCUCCUUUAGGUCCAGCCACAGACCCUUGAGGUCAGGCAAACCGGGGCCUCAGUGUCACCGGCUGGCCCUCCUGGGCACUAACUGGCCGGCGUGUGGCCCCGCUCUGACUGCAGCCGUGCGCCGCACCCAGCAGGCCCUGGUGACUCGGCUGGUGUGACCCCGCUGCUUGUCUGGAGGCCUGGGGGGAGCCAGUCGACCCGAGAACCGUAUCUCGGCCCUUGGUCCGGGCGAGGGAAUGGGAAACCCUUAUCCUGCUGACGGAAGGUUUCCGCCUCAGUGACACGGCAGUGUCCCUGGAGUUAAUGAGUAGACAUCUAGGGCUGCCCUAGCGGCUCUGGGACGGGGUGACUCACGGGUCACCCAGGCGGCCUACCCCACUUGGUGCUGGAGGUGGCUCACCGAGGGUGCGCGGGGCCUCCUGGGUGACCCUCCACCCGAGGGUGUGGAGGUGUCCCCCCAUCCCGGGGCUCGUGCCGCCCCUGCAGACAGAACCCGGGUGUUUCAGGCACUAGGAGGUCCAUGGACAGGGCACAAAUGGCUGAGAGCAGUGGGGCUGGGAACCUCAGCCUAGACCUGUCAGCUGGACAGUGUUCCGGGCAGAGGGGAAGCCCGUGCAAAGGCCCCGGGGCAGGAAGGAGAUUGGGGCUUGCCUGGAGGCCUGUGUGGGCAGAUGCUCAGGGGACACAGAGGGCUGCAGAGGGUUAGGCCGGACACAGCGUUAGGGGCUUUCUCUGGGACUCGGAAACCAGAGGGGGGCUGACGUCCCACAAGAUGGGGUGGACCCACAAGACGUCCAUUUUCAGACACCGUUCUAGCCACAGGGCCAGGGACUGUGGAUCAGGGGAGGCAGGGGGACUUCUCCCCCGCAAGCUCAGGCUGGAUGCCCGGUGCCUCUCAGGAUCCCCGCACGGCCAGGCUUCCCAUGAAGCCAGCUGACCCCAGCCUGCCCUUCAGUUUGGACAGGACAGGGGUACGCAGCCCGGGAGGCCCUGAGCCCCACGUGCGGCCAGGCCUGGGGACCUUGGCCGAGUGCCAUCCCCUCUGGGAGCCCCAGAGCACGCGGGGAGGGAGGGCAGCUCCAGCUGCAGGAGGAGUUGUCCCCUCCAAGCCGGGCAGGAGAGGGACAGCGUCAGGCUCAGAGUCCGCACCGGGUGGGCAGAUGGCCAGGCCCGCCACCCUCCUGAUAACGUCACGUCGGCAACUUCCGGGCCCUCGAGAUAAGGAUGAAAGUGGCGUCUGUGUCCGCUGCCAUUUGACCAGCACCGGUGGCAGCCGUGGAUUCAGUGUCCGGUCAUCGUGGCUCUUGUGGUCAGCCUCCUGGGAGCCGUCCUCAGCUUCACCUGCAUCCCCACCAGCACCAAAGGGGCCAGCGCCCGUGCCCAGGCUGCCCUGCCAGCUGGAGGCCGCCCAGGCCGGCUACCUCAUGUCCUUCUUCGGGGUCCUCCAGAUGGCAGCUCGGAGUGGCCCGUCCUGUUCCGCAGGGGUGGGCCCGCCCCGUCACAGGGCGCAGCCCCGGCCUGACCCCAGCCCCAGGGGGUGUUGCUCCAAACCCACUGCGCCCCGGGCACUUCCUGUCUGCCUGGUGGAGGUGGCAGGGGACCAGGUCUUCCAGGGCCUGGUCAUCGGGUGGCUGAGUAGCCGCUUCUCCGAGGGAGCCCUGCUCCGGGCCAGCGUGCUGGCGUUCAGCGUGGUGGGACUGGCCAUGGCGCUGAUGGCCAAUGUCUUCCACUUGUGCCUGCUCAUGCCCGGCCUGGUCUUCAGCCUGUGUGCCCUCAAUGUGGUCACCGACAGCAUGCUGACCAAUGCCGUCUCGGCCUCAGACACGGGAACCAUGCUGGGCCUCUGCGCCUCUGUGCAGCCACUGACCAGAACCCUGGGGCCCACCCUGGGAGGCCUCCUGUACCACCGCUUCGGAGUCCCCGUUUUCGGCCACGUGCAGCUCGCCGUCAACUUCCUCGUCCUGCUGGUCCUCUGGAGGCAGCCUGUGCCCCCAAAGAUGGACAAAGCCUGGUGACCGUGGCCCCCAGGCACAGACUGGCAAUAAACUCCCUUAGGACCUCUU